ACCCCACACCAAAAGAAACCAACUAAAAUCCCAAAAGAGAGGAAAGGCACAAACAGACGGUACAAAGAAAGGGACGCUCGUCUCGUCUCGUCACGUGCCGCCGCCAUGGCUGCUCUGGGCCGUGGCCUGCCCCUCCUCCUCCUGCUCCUCCUCCUCGCCGUAUCGGGGGCCGCCAACGCCGCGGCGGCGCCCGGCGGCAUGUCCAUCAUCACCUACAACGAGGAGCACGGCGCGCGGGGGCUGGAGCGGACGGAGCCGGAGGUGCGGGCCAUGUACGACCUCUGGCUCGCGGAGCACGGCCGCGCCUACAACGCGCUGGGCGAGGGCGAGGGCGAGCGCGACCGCCGCUUCCUCGUCUUCUGGGACAACCUCCGCUUCGUCGACGCGCACAACGAGCGCGCCGGCGCCCGCGGCUUCCGCCUCGGGAUGAACCAGUUCGCCGACCUCACCAACGACGAGUUCCGCGCCGCGUACCUCGGCGCCAUGGUCCCCGCCGCCCGCCGGGGAGCCGUCGUGGGGGAGAGGUACCGCCACGACGGCGCCGCCGAGGAGCUGCCGGAGAGCGUCGACUGGAGGGAGAAGGGCGCCGUCGCGCCCGUCAAGAACCAGGGGCAAUGCGGAAGUUGCUGGGCUUUCUCUGCAGUAAGCUCAGUGGAAAGCGUUAACCAGAUCGUCACCGGUGAGAUGGUGACACUGUCUGAACAGGAGCUCGUAGAGUGCUCGACUGACGGAGGGAACAGCGGCUGCAACGGCGGGCUCAUGGACGCCGCUUUCGAUUUCAUCAUAAAGAACGGGGGCAUCGAUACCGAAGAUGACUACCCUUACAGAGCCGUGGACGGGAAGUGCGACAUGAACAGGAAAAAUGCCAGGGUUGUGAGCAUCGAUGGCUUUGAAGACGUGCCUGAGAACGACGAGAAGUCGCUGCAGAAGGCGGUUGCUCACCAGCCAGUUAGCGUUGCCAUUGAGGCCGGAGGCCGGGAGUUCCAGCUCUACAAAUCGGGUGUCUUCAGCGGAAGCUGCACCACGAACCUUGACCAUGGUGUCGUCGCGGUCGGCUACGGCGCCGAGAACGGGAAGGACUACUGGAUCGUCCGCAACUCGUGGGGCCCGAAGUGGGGCGAGGCUGGUUACAUCCGUAUGGAGAGGAACGUCAACGCCAGCACUGGGAAGUGCGGGAUCGCGAUGAUGGCGUCCUACCCGACGAAGAAGGGCGCGAACCCUCCCAGGCCGUCUCCAACCCCGCCAACACCGCCGGCUGCCCCUGACAAUGUCUGCGACGAGAACUUCUCGUGCUCCGCGGGCAGCACCUGCUGCUGCGCGUUUGGCUUCAGGAACGUCUGCUUGGUCUGGGGCUGCUGCCCGGUCGAGGGCGCCACCUGCUGCAAGGAUCACGCCAGCUGCUGCCCGCCGGGCUACCCUGUCUGCAACGUCAGAGCUGGAACUUGCUCGGUGAGCAAGAACAGCCCACUGAGCGUCAAGGCCUUGAAGCGCACUCUCGCCAAGCUGAGCACCGCAUGAGGACCUCGAUCUGGGACUGCCCAUUGCUUUUUCUGACUCAUGGGCGUUCAGAUCACCAAGAGCAAGAUUUCAUAGAUUAUCUAUAUGUUUGUAUAAGUACUAUUACCGUCCCAUGAAUCCGCUGUAAAUAACUAGUACCUCUGAUUAAAAGGAUAAUAUUAUUUGUC